CUUAAGCAGCUUGUGAUUGGACUAUUGACCAGUGACGCUUGUCAAAGCAGGAGUGUUGUGUUUCAGUCUAAAGGGGAACCCACUUACAGUUGACUAUGGCUGGCAGGCUGGCUGUGAAAGCGUACUUAGAUCUCUUGUCGCAGCCAUGCAGGGCUCUACUAAUAUUCCUUAAACACAACAAAAUACCACAUACGGUGGAACGCAUUGCGUUACGAAAAGGGCAGCAGAAAACACCUGAGUUCACCAAACUCAACCCCAUGCAAAAAGUGCCAGUGUUGGACGACAAUGGAUUCAUCCUUACUGAGAGUGAUGCCAUACUGAAGUAUCUGGCAACAACCUACAAUGUCCCUGAUCACUGGUACCCCAAACUGCCAGAGAAGAGAGCCCGAGUGGACGAGUACACGGCCUGGCAUCAUGUGAACACACGUAUGCACGCUUCCACAGUCUUCUUGCAAGAGGUUAUAUUUCCAAUGAUGGGACAGCCGACAAAUCCUGCAAAGUUUGAAAAAUCGCUGGCAGACCUGGAUGGCACACUGGACAUGCUGGAAAACAUGUUUCUGAAGAGACAGCCCUUCCUGUGCGGUGACGACAUCUCAUUGGCUGACCUGUUAGCAGUUUGUGAGCUCAUGCAGCCCCUGUGUAGUGGGAGGGACAUUCUGAAGGACAGACCCAAACUGCUGAGCUGGAGGAGUCGAGUUCAGUCAGCGCUCUCGGACUCCUUUGAUGAAGCUCACUCUGUUGUCUAUCAAAUAAGGGAGAAGUUCACAGCUAAACUGUGAAAAAUCAACUCUUUAUUCACAGCAGUUAAUUAUAUGUUAUAUAAUAAUAAGAUUAUAUGUCACAAAUUAAAGAUCUGUUUAACAUGGAUAUGCAGUUUGUUCAAUAUCAUGUUUGAUUAAUGUAUGGUUUGAAAAGAGGCUUAUAUCCACAAGUUUAGUGAACUUUUUUUGUGCCCAUAGUUUGUGCCGAAGGAGCAGAAAAUGUAAAAACAUUUUAUUGUUGACAGGAAUUGGUAAAAGAAUACUAUUUACAAGAGUGAAAGUGUGUGAACGUCAAGACCCAGGUUUGCUCUUGAAUGAUGGUUUUCCUUCUCACACUUGUGCCUUACCUUUCUGUGAUGAUAAAUGUCCAAUUAAAACUUGCAACUUCAUGUUGCAUAUCACAUUCACACAACACAAACAUCCUUCUAACAAAUGUUGUAAUUUUUCUUGAAUUCUAGACAGUGACUUUUGAAAGCAAAUAUUUGAAAUAAUUUUCCACAAAGAGAGUGUAACCUCUGCUUUCUAAGAAAAUAAGA